GAGCUCUUCCUUCUGUUGUCGCAUGAAAACACUGCCGAGCGGGAGCCACAGAGGAAGACACUGCGUAGCAACGUGUAGACAUGCCGGUGUGUAACUUCUUCCUCCAGGGCCGGUGUCGUUACGGCGAAAAGUGCUGGAACGAGCACCCGAGGGGAGGAAACAGAGGAGGAGGAGGAGGAGGAGGAGGAGGUGGAGGCUACAACAACAGCUACAGCAGCAACUACAACAGCCGCUCCUCUCAGCAGCAGCAGCCCAGAGGAGGAGGAGGAGGAGGGUUUGGAAACAGAGUUUGGGUGAAUCCCUCUCAGCAAAAAGGAGCCUACAUCCAGCCGCCAUCCUUCUCCUCGCAUGGAAGUGAUGACUGGGGUCGAGGUGGUGGAGGUGGAGGGAAUGACUGGGGCCGAGGAGGAGGUGGAGGUGGAGGGAGAAGAGAUAACGUGAAGUCCUCUGAAUUCAGCUUCUCCAGUCAAAACAGAUUUUCAGCGCUUAAUUCUCCGAGCACCUUUGAUAGAGGAGGAAGAGGAGGAGGACAUCAGGGGCCAGCUGGUGAUGAAGAUGAUGACAAAAAACUGGAGAUAAUUCAGAUGGACAUGGACAUUUGGGAGAGUUCGGGACAGUGGGGCUUCUCCUGUUAUUCUAACUCCAAGGCGUCUUUAUCUGGUUUCACUGAUCUCUCUCCAGAGGAGCUCAGGCUGGAGUAUUACAACACUAGAGCUUCAGGAGAUGUGCAGGGCUACAUAAAUGGCAUCAAUCAGUUGCUCAGCCAGUGGAGAAGCAGAAUCCAGGAACUGAAAGUCAUGAAUCCAUCCACACGCACAGCUGUGCUUGCAGAGUUGAACAACCCGGCACCUCAGGCACCUUCAAGUGGCUUUGGUUCAACGACAGCGGCUGGAUUUGGAUCCUCUACAUCGAGCUUUGGAAGCAAAGGCUUUGGGGCUCCAGCACCAGCCCAAGCCAGCUCUUUCAGCUUUGCUUCUGCAGGUGGUGGAUUUGGUUCCUCAGCACCAGCAGCACCAUCCUCAACAGGUUUCGGCAGCGCCUCAGCAGCUCCUACACAGCCUCCCUCUGGGUUCGGUUCCUCGACAGCAUCUUCUUUCUCCUUCAGUGCUCCGACCUCCAGCACGCCAGCAGCCCCUUCUGGAUUUGGCUCCGCCUCAGGGUUCAGUUUCACCUCAACAGCGAGCAGCACAGGAGGAGGAUUCGGGAGCGGCUUCGGGUCAACAGCAUCUGCUCCGGCAGGAAGCGGCAGUAUUUUUGGACAGACGAGUGGUGGAUUCGGGACAGCCGCUGCUCCGACUGCAGCAGGAGCCGGGUCAGCCGGCGGAGCAUCAGACAGUCUGUUUUCAUCUGAGGACAAACUGACUCCAGACGAACUGAAUCAGUUCAAGGCUAAGAGGUUCACUCUGGGCCAGAUCCCUCUGAAGCCUCCCCCCGCUGACAUGCUGGUGGUUUAAUGCGGUGGGAGAAGUUGCAAGAUUUUUGAAAUAGAGACAAUUUAUACGAAGUAAAGAUUUUCUUCUGACUCCUCUGAGUAAACCAGA